UUUUCCGUUCCCUAUCAAUCAAACAAUCUGAGCUACACACAAAAAUGCCCGCGGCUGAGUGAAAGAGAGGAUAUGCUGUUAGGGGCUCACGGGAGUUGCAUGGGACAGUCGAACCAAUCUUGUCCAAAAAAAAUCUAUAGAAGUAAAAAAAAAAAAAAAAAAUGUCGGCUUUUUAAGGAACCGGAGGUUUCCUUCUAGAGGGCGAGCGCUGAGCGAAGGCCCGUGUUUAGCAGCUCUCGGUCAGGCCAGAUGAGCGCGAGACGACAGGCCUAGAUUCACGCGCUUAUAGUUUUGUAAACUAACAAUAAUUAGCGGCCUUUAAAUUGCGUUCACAUCGAAGACAGCGCUCAUGUGCGAGAAACGCGAGGCGGUUUGGCGCUCGCGGCACGCGCCGUGUGUGCUACUAUAGCGACUCGCUCCCAGUGUUUGCUAGCGCGCUAAUGCACGAGCUAGCCGCUCUGCUCGAUUGUUACAGAGAAACACGGCGUUUUCUGCUUUCGCUGCUACGGUUUCUAAUGAGCCCAAACAAUGUGAACGUUUAUGUUAAACUGACGAGUGUUUUCUUGUUCCCCAAAGUUUGGUCAAGAGUCAGUGUCUAAACGAACAAGACCACCGCCGACUGACUCAGUUUAGUGCUUCACAUCUCGUUAUUUACACCAACAAAGACUUGUUUAUACACGAACCCCUCAUGUAUUCUGGUUAAGAUUGAUUCACACAUCCUUGCCAUGAGUUGGGCAUAGUUUUGUACGGUAUUGUGCUGGGCAGUGGAUGUCAUAUGUAACGUUACAUCGGUGAAGGGAUUGCUUGAAAACACGCCAACUCAAGUGUCGCAAGACGUGAGAUAAAUACAGUGUUGGCGCCCAUCGGAGCAGAUGUGCCUGUCCUUUCCUGCUGCCCGCCCGUAUAAUGCCCCAGUGUUGGCAGUGGCCACUUUGAAUAUGAUGGCUGCCCAGUCUGUGUCCAUAGACAAAUAUCAAGAGGGAGACCAGCAGAUGCAGGUAAUGGAGCAGGCGGAAAGUGACCUUGAAAAGGGCUUUGUCAACGGAAACACCGGAAGCUCCAGCAGCCCUGUAUCCACUGAACCACAAACACAAAUGGAUGUCGACAAAGCCUGUAUAUAUAGACAUCCUCUGUUCCCUCUCUUGGCUCUGCUGUUUGAGAAGUGUGAGCAUUCGACUCAGGGCUCCGACUGUGUAACAUCUGCCAGUUUUGAUGUUGACAUUGAGAACUUUGUACGCAGUCAAGAGAAAGAGGGCAAAGCCUUCUUUAGUGAAGACCCUGACCUCGACAACCUGAUGGUCAAGGCCAUCCAGGUGCUGAGGAUUCAUCUGUUAGAGCUAGAGAAAGUUAGUGACCUGUGCAAGGACUUCUGCAGCCGUUACAUUUCCUGCCUCAAGACCAAGAUGAACAGUGAGACACUACUGAGUGGAGAACCAGGCAGCCCAUACUCUCCAGUCCAUGACCAGUUGGCCAACUCUUUCUCAGGUGCCCUCAGCCCCCAGGGCAUUGUGGUGCCCUCACCAGGUCUUCAACAAGGCAAUGUUACAGUGACAGCAGUCAAUCCAUCACAAGUUGUCACAGGUAAUACAGUAUAUCAGCCAGUGACUGUAGUCACACCACAGGGACAAGUGGUGACACAAGCCAUCUCACCUGGAACAAUUCAUAUCCAGAACUCACAGCUCCAACUUCAGUUCAAUCAGGACUUGAGUUUCUUCGGGGGAGACGACAACUCGCCUAAAAACAAGCGUGGGGUUCUCCCCAAACAGGCUACCAACGUCAUGCGCUCCUGGCUCUUUCAGCACAUUGCGCACCCCUAUCCCACUGAAGAGGAGAAAAAGCAAAUUGCAACUCAAACAAACCUGACUUUACUCCAAGUCAACAAUUGGUUUAUUAAUGCUCGAAGACGGAUCUUGCAGCCGAUGCUGGAUGCCAACUCAACAGAGUCAUCUAAAUCCAAGAAGAAGACUGCUCAGAGCCGCCCACUACACCGCUUCUGGUCCGACUCCAUCGCCUCGUCUGGAACCCAGCAGCAGCUCACAAUGCCAGACGGUAGUCUGGUUACAGUGGGGAUGAAUGUAGACGGCUUCCAGGCGCUUUCAUCAGACGGAGCGACUCUUGCCAUGCAGCAAGUCAUGAUGGGAAAUCACAGCGAGGAUGAAACGGAUGAAAGCGGCAACGAAGACGACACAGAUUUGUCAUCUGCCAACAUGACCGGGCUGGGUUUAGAUGUUAGCGACUAAGCCACAUGGAUUGCAGGUCACAACACUGCAUGCUUACAUUUACGUCGGAAAACUUGCACAUGCUGCUUGUUGCAAGAGAUCCCGUCCCUUCGUAGAUUUUCAGCAAAGCUGAUACUUGUGCACUACAAAAAAAAAAGAGUACUGUAUGUUGGCCUAUACGUUACACAAACACACACGAACAGUUUACAGAGAGCACAGCGUUACUGAGAGGUGCAGUGUGCGAGGAGUUGCAUUUCAGCACCUGUUUUUAUUGCGUAGACGUGCAGGUGUGUGCACUUUUAUACAGAUACACUUCAAGAAGGUUGGAACACAGAGGAACGUUUUUAAGUGUCUUUAGUGAAUGUUUGGUAUUUUGUUUUCUAUAUUAACUCAUUUGAAUGCCAAGAAUUUAAGAGUUUGUCGUUGUGCUGGUUUUAUUCACACUGCAUGUUCAUGUUUUCUUCAGUAUGCUCACGCUUGUAGAGAGGCUCCAAGACGAAGUUUAAGGAGAAAAGAGAUUAUUUUUAUAUAUGAACGUUGUAAAAUAAAAAAAGGGUUGUUUUUUCUUUUCUUUUUUAGUUUGUGUUUUAUAGGGAAUAUUUAUGUACAGAAACUAUACUCCUAAGCCCUGUUUUCAGGGGAUGACUUACAUUUUUUUAGAAAAAACAAAAUGUGUUGGAUUAUAAACCAUUUUUAAAUAUGUAAAUUGGUUUUAACACUCACUUACAAAAUGCCUUACAUAUUCUUUUGUAAAACUAUUACGCUGAUAAGCACAGAAAGCCUGAUACAUUGACUAAAUUGAGUAAUAUGAGUGAAAUCAAAGUCUCUUCCAGUAAUCUUUGUCCUUAUGCUGAAGAUGUUCCUUCGUUUCAGAGGGACUCUUUGUUUCUGCUUUAUAGGCGAAUAUAGUUUGAUCUAAACGUGUACAAAGCUUCCCAUAUCAAUCAUGAUUUAUGAAAGAUGCUUUGGAAAUGAAGAUGGCAUAAAAUGUCCACAUUAAAGUCAAAUAAAGGUCAAGUGUGAA